AUGGCUUCGUCGGCGCGGGACAAAGACGACGCCGCAUCUUCACUACCAGACCUGAAGCUGGAAGGCUCCAAAGGAGCUCCAAAACCGCCCAAGGCCAAGAAGAACAAGGAAGUUCUAGACUCGUGGGAGGACCAAGAUGAGCUGUCGUCCGAAGACGAGGUGAAAACACCUCUUCCCAGAGCCGAGGCGUCAUCGCCAGCCCCGCCCGCGCCCAAAUCGCCGCAGUUUAGCUCUCCGCAUGGCUGGAACCCGGACGCGGAGCCGGCUGUAAGCGCAUCGCCCGGUGGUGGGGAUGGUGGCCCGCAGACCCGACGGCCGGAAAAGACGGAUGCCGUGGCUCGGCGCAUGAUUGCCGCCGGGCUGGGGCUCAAGGCGCCAAAGCAGACGGAGGAGCAGAGGGCCUAUCAGAAAUCCGUCCGGGAGCAGGAGAAGAGGCGCAAGGAGCAGGAAAAGGCUGAAGAGCAGAGGCGACGCGACGACGCCGACAAGGCCAGGGCGGCCAUUUGGGAUGAUUGA